AUGGUUAGCUACGACGGGCCUUUCCAAGGAAAUGAGAUGUUCAAGUCCUUCACCAGGACUUGGCAUCGUAAGUCUUAUCCCGCGAUCUUCCCUUCCCGCGCCGAAGUCAGUGCGGCUGGAAAAGUCGUCUUCAUUACCGGUGGUGGUAGCGGCAUUGGCAAGGCCACCGCGAUCGCCUUCGCACAGGCCGGUGCCAAAGUCAUCGUCAUCUUCGGACGUCGCCUUGAGAAACUGCAGUCGGCUGCUGACGAAAUCAGCAAGGCCAAUCCUGAGGGAACUACCACCGUGGUUAUUGAGUGUGCUGAUAUCAGCCAGCGCGUUGUUUUGGAGGCUGCCUUCUCCAGCGCUAGCAACAAGGCUGGCAAGGCCAAGAUUGACAUUCUCGUCAACAAUGCCGCUCUCCUUAAGCCGAUAAACGCUCUCACUACUUACGGAGAAAAGGAAUUGCGCGAGAGUCUUGAGGGUAACAUAAUGGGCUCGUUCAACGUGGUCCAGGCGAUGACGCCCUUGCUGGCAUCUAAAGCAAAGAUCUUGAACAUCAACUCCGGCAUUGCACAUAUCAACCCGAUUCCCGGUUUCUGGGCUUACGCAUCGCUCAAGAUAGCCCUUGUCAAGAUGUUCGACUACCUCCAGGAUGAGAAUCCGGACCUCAGCAUUUUCAACAUCCAGCCUGGCGUAGUUACAACCGAGCUCAACGAGGUCUCCGGUAUACCCGGGCAAGAUGACGUCGCACUCCCAGCCGACUUCAACGUCUGGCUUGCGUCUCCCGAAGCCGAGUUCCUCAAGGGGAAAUUUGUCUGGGCAAACUGGGAUGUAGAUGAACUAAAAGCGCACGCUAAAGAGAUUGAAGAGUCAAUGCUCUUGAGGGUCGUUUUGAAUGGCGUGCCAAUGUAG